CAACACAGAGGAGAGCAGUUUGUAAAUGUGCCGCGCUACAGUCCGGCGUUGUGUCCGCCAUCUUGAGGCCAUGUUUUGCUUCUAGGCCUCGCUUCUCGGUUGCGAUUUCGCUCUUCCGACUCGUCACCGGCUUGUGUGUCGCCUACCGUGCGAUAUUCUUUUUGUCUUGAGGAGAUCCCUCAUCGUUGGGACGAGUAGCGUAGAGUGUGCACAAUCGAGACAGACCUUCGGCAGAGCAUCGCCAUUUCUGCCAAAAUCCGCCCGAAUGGCCGCGCUAGCAGGGCAGGAUAUCGUCUCCACCAGCAAGGCUCGUGUAUAUGCUGACGUCAACUCGCAUCGUCCGCGGGAAUACUGGGACUACGAAACACAUCCCAUAUCAUGGGGGAAUCAAGAAGAUUACCAGCUGGUUCGAAAGUUAGGCCGUGGGAAGUAUUCCGAAGUAUUUGAAGCUAUAAAUGUCAACAACAGCGAGAGGUGCGUCGUGAAAAUCCUCAAACCCGUCAAGAAGAAGAAAAUAAAGCGAGAGAUCAAAAUCCUCGAGAACCUCCGAGGUGGCCCAAACAUCAUCACUCUACAGGGAGUUGUUAAAGACCCGAUUUCGCGGACGCCCGCCUUCAUCUUCGAGCACGUCAACAAUACGGACUUCAAACAGUUGUACCAAACGCUGUCUGAUUUCGACAUCCGAUACUAUUUAUAUGAACUUUUGAAAGCUCUCGAUUAUUCGCACUCCAUGGGCAUUAUGCACCGAGAUGUUAAACCCCACAAUGUUAUGAUUGAUCAUGAUGAACGCAGACUGCGGCUUAUCGAUUGGGGACUAGCUGAAUUUUAUCACCCCGGCCAAGAGUAUAACGUGAGGGUCGCCUCAAGAUAUUUCAAAGGACCCGAAUUGCUAGUGGACUACCAGAUGUACGACUACUCGCUAGACAUGUGGUCUCUUGGUUGUAUGUUCGCCUCAAUGAUAUUCCGUAAGGAGCCUUUCUUCCACGGCCACGAUAACUACGACCAGCUCGUUCGCAUCGCCAGAGUGCUUGGCACUGAAGAACUCUUCGAAUACACGGAGAAGUACUGUAUCAUUCUUGACUCGAGGUUCAAUGACAUCCUCGGCAGACAUUCUCGAAAACGUUGGGAGCGAUUCGUUCACGCAGAAAACCAGCACCUCAUUUCGCCCGAAGCGAUCGACUUCCUUGACAAAUUGCUCCGAUACGACCACGCCGAGAGACUGACCGCGAAAGAAGCCAUGGAACAUCCAUAUUUUUACCCCGUUGUAGUGAGGGCGAAGGAACUGGCUGCACAUGUGGGAAGUCCAUCGUCGCCCGGCACAGCAUCCCCAAAUUCUCAGCAAGGCGGAGCUGCGACGUCGACGCCAACGGGACAGAACAGCCAAGGUAACAGCCAAGCCAGUUAGAAUGAAUCGAACAUUCGCGUCCCCUCUGCCCCCUGCUCCCGAUAUAUAUCCGAAUUCCACAACAUGUAAAACUUAGUGUGAAAGAGCGGGUGACCACUUGCUGCUGGAUGGCCUCCGGACUCGAUACGCUUGGUUCUGUCGACGGCGAGUUUUUCAACAAAGAGUUCACCAGCGAAUGUUAGGAUUUUUAAAAAGACAGAGAUACAAUUUCCGACCCAACAACUACCAAUAAAUAUCGAGAACAGCAAUUCCUUUUUCAUCGCUGAAUGGGAAGAGAAAUAAAACAGAAGAAAAAAACUAA